GUGGAAAAUCAUGCCAGUCUAGACGUAGCCCUAUACUUUCUGAAAAUGUCUCUUUCCUGGGCUUUUCUUCACUGGACAGCUACAUAUACUGGUUUUAAAACUCUGUUUUAACAUAUCUCAUACAAGACUCAUUACUAUCAUAUUAUUACUAUGCCUACACUAUCAUAGUGUUACCAUUUUAUAAUACUUGUUCUCAGAGUAUGGUAUAACGAAGUACAGUAUAUUUUCUGAAGUAAAGUAAAUGUAUUAUAUACAAUAGUAAAUACCUCACCUCGGGUGUUAAAUACUUUCCCCUUAGUAAACAAUAUGAAUUCUUUGUUAGAAGAAGAGACUUAAGUAAGUAAAGCUUUUUUACAAUGCAAUACUGGGACAUUAUUUUCAUAUACGUUAGUUAUGAAAAUUUGUAUUCUUUAUAUAGAAAAGUCCAAAAUACAACUGCAUGUUGUUUACAGCCAAUUUUUUUGCUUUUCUCAAAUUAGACUACAACUUUUAAAAUUAAGUUCCCAAAAGCUGAAACUAUUUCUCCUUGUUUGACUCUGCACACAAAGAUCAGAAAGUCUUGCAUGCAAAGAUGCACAGCUGAGUUAGUUUAAAUUGUAUUUUUCCAUAAAGUACAUGGAAACUGUGCAAUAUUUCUUCCUUUCAGAGACUUUAGUUAAGUCUUUCUUCCCAUAGAUAAUGGUUGGCAGCAGUGCACAGUGCAGAAGUUGUGUGCUGCACUUCUGAAUAAAGUCUUCAAUUGAGCCAUUGUUUCCACUGAGAUAGCCUGCAUUUUUCGCUGGACAGAGAGCAGGGUGUAAAAAAGGCACCUUGUGUGCAACUGUUGGCAAGGCUUGGAAGUGAAUUAAAAUCUCCACAAGGUCUGGGUAGUGCAGUUCUACUCGGUAUUGAGCUCUUUGGACGCACAGUUAGCUCAGACAUUCCAAUGCAGUGAGGCAGCAGGAGGGACACGACUCUACAGUCGAACGGGGGGAAAGCCAACUCUUUAGAGAGAUUAGUCUCUAUACUGAACUUUCAUUCACAACGCGUGAGACACACGAUGGCUCUGGACCAGCUUCUAUUCUGCAAAGAUUUGGAAAAGGCUCCGUUAUCCAGUGAUCUUGAGUCACUGGGUAUUACCACUUAAAUAGAAUGAGUUGUCUGCGGCUGCCAGAGGAAACUAAUUGGAUGUUAUAUGGUGAAAUGCAUUUUUGUAAUGGAUUAUAUGUUCAAAUAUGCUCUUUUUCUACAAAUGGUAUCAACAGACAAUGCCCAGCGUAUGACAGAAAUGCUGACAGUGGAAAGAAAAUUGUCAACUAGCAAUAUCACAUUAAAAAAUUGCUUUAAGAAAAUCUGCAGUUCACAUCAGUAAUCCACAUCUGGUAAAGAUUUGUAGUUAGUAAUGCAUGUGCUUUUAAAAGUAAUAAUAAAGGAUUCAACAUGCUUUUACAGUGUGUAUGCACUGAUAAUUUGGCACAAAAUGUUCAUACAUUGAAAUCAUGGUAUGAUUAUCAGUGAGAUACAACAGAACAUUAUCUAAAGACUGUGUCAAAAUGACCUCUGAGGAAAUGGCAGCUUCUGUACUUGUGUCUCUGACACAGGGUAAAGUGAUACCUGCUCAGUCAGCUGGAGAUGAAAAUAGUGAAAAUGCUUUGGACACCAGUGUUAUAAAAAGACACAUUGCUAGUCAAGGAAAGCAGACUAUGCAUACUUUUUCCUACUUACACGGGCUUAAAGAAGAACAUCGUCAGGGUUCACUGCCCAAAAUUUUCUCUUUGGCAAAUGAAGAAGAAAUGACAGGUAACAGGAGUAAUGAAAACUUCAGAGAUAAAAGCACAUGCAUCCCUGGUUCAGUGGAGUUUCUUAACAUUAAUUGUAACAUUCUAAAGAAAAAACGCAAGAGCAGUGAUCAGCAUAACCAGUUACAUAAAUCACAUGAUUCUUUAGCAGAAGAACAUACAUACUUAGAAACUGGAAUUUCUACUUCACUGGAAACGACCAUGUUUGCUGAAAUUCAGUUGAAGAUGGAUGGACCAUCAGUAAACAUGAAGUCCUUAAGAAACCAGUCAGCAAUAAAUAAAUGUGGCACAAGUGAUGCUGAUAAUGUAGCAAUGUUUCACUUGAGCUAUGCUAGUGAAAGAAAUAUAUCGAAAGCUUUGUGUGCACUACCCAAGAGCUUCAUUUUGGAUGACUGUUUACAGUGUGUAAAUGUUGGCAAUGAUCACACCAGCGAUUCAACAGCCUGCACUUGUAAAUUAAUGGAAUUGACAAAUAAUUGUGACACUAAAAAUGGACAACAUUUUUGUGAUAGCUGUGACACUUUAAGGGAUAAAUAUUUAUGUUUGGAAAGAGAAGCACAAAAGGUUAGAGUGGCAUGCUCAGGUCACAGCUUCUGUGGCAGUAAUUUUACUGGAAGAAUGCCCUCAAAGCCCUUUCUGAGCCAUUUUGAAGAUUGCAGUGAUAACUGUGAAGAAGGGAUGGAGGAAGAGUUUUUUAGAAACAAAAAAGAACGUUCCACUUUACUAAUCAGGCGUUUUUGUAAAAAUGAUAAGGAGGUUAAAAAAUCAGUUUAUACUGGAACAAGGGCAAUUGUUAAGACUUUACCUGCAGGACAUAUUGGAGCUGUUGCUUGGAAUUAUGUGGAGCAUAUGAGAAACCAGAGUGACUUAAAGCAUUGUAGGAUUAUAGCAGAACAUCUAACAAUUCAAGCCUUGAGUCAGGAAUUAAAUUCUGAUCUUGUGAAAUCCAUGUGGUGUGCGGUAAGUUUUUCAUCUUUUUUUUUUGUCCUGUUAAUGUGUACUGAACUGGUGAUCUUUGGAUUUAACAAAAUUAUGUCAUGGUUUAUUGAUGAAAUUCUUAAAGAGAGCAUCAGAAACUGCAUGACCUAAAUAAUAAGACUUAAUAAAGUUGCAAGAACUAUGCAAAAACAAGCUUUUACUAUGAGUACCAUGAGUAACAUUUAAGAUUUUAUGAUAUGUCCAUUGGUAUCAGCUAGUAAUAUGUUAAGUCUUCCAUUCUUCUUGUUGAACUCUCCUUUUCAAAAGGGUUUAUAUCUCAUCCUUUAAAACCCAUUUUAUCUAAAAAUUGGCAGAGGACUUUGAAAUCAAACAUGGAAAAAAUAAAUCAUCCAUUUUUACAGACUUUCUAAAAAUGAAGUGUGGCAUUCUUAAUGUUUCAAAAUUAAUAUGAAAAUUGUAUGAAAUACCAAAUAUAUUAAUAUUCCAUGAUAUGGAUUGAUGUAAAAUUAUUGUAGUAUAGUGAAAAAUACAGGUUACAUAAUAGGUAUUAAAAAACCUAAAUAUUUUAUAUGAAUUAUCAUGUUUGAACAUGACUUCUGCACGUAUAAAUAACUAUAAUUUAUAAGACUGUUGCAUACUGUGUAUUGAUACGGUUGUUUUAAUCUAUGUUCUAUCAAUUAAAUAUCAU